CGAUCAGGUUAGAUGGAUCCGGCUAGUUAAGGGCGGCGAAUGUGUCGCCGUCGCGCUGAGGGGAAAAAAUUUUCUUUUUUACAACACGCACUGGAGCUGAAGUGUUGGAAAGAUCGGUGUGGGCGGCUUCAACUACAGGAGAACAAAACAAAAGUCUUUUGAUAAAAUAUCUACAGAUACAUUACAUCCAAGUACCUAUAUAUAUAUAUAUAUAUAAAUAUAUAUAUAUAUAAAAAAUAUAUAAUUAGUCCUGAAACAAAGACAGUGAGAACUAUGGUGGGGGAAAUGGAAACGAAGGAGAAGCCGAGACCGACUCCCGACUACUUAAUGCAGCUGAUGAACGACAAGAAAUUAAUGUCGAGUCUGCCCAACUUUUGUGGGAUAUUCACGCAUUUGGAGCGGCUGCUGGAUGAAGAAAUAAGCAGAGUACGAAAGGACAUGUAUACUGAUACAAUGAAUGGCCUUGUAGACAAGCUGCCAAUGGACCUACCAGACCCCAUAGGACCUAUUAUGCAGUUACAGGAAAAACUGUUUGUGCCUGUGAAAGAAUAUCCAGAUUUUAACUUCGUUGGCAGAAUACUUGGCCCAAGAGGUCUCACAGCAAAACAACUGGAAGCAGAGACUGGUUGCAAGAUCAUGGUCAGAGGGAAGAGUUCCAUGCGGGACAAAAAGAAGGUUUUCUUGUCUUUACAGGAAGAACAGAACCGAGGCAAACCGAACUGGGAACAUCUGAAUGAAGAGCUCCAUGUAUUAAUAACUGUUGAAGAUACACAAGACAGAGCAGAAUUGAAAUUGAGAAGAGCUGUAGAAGAGGUUAAGAAACUACUGGUGCCUGCUGCAGAGGGUGAAGACAAUUUGAAGAAGAUGCAACUGAUGGAAUUAGCUAUUCUUAAUGGUACCUACAGAGAUGCCAAUAUCAAAGCACCUACCCUUGCCUUUUCUCUUGCAGCAACGUCACAGGGUCCACGACUGAUAACUGGACCAGCUGCACCCAUGCUUCCACCAGCUGCCUUGCGUGCCUCUACGCCAGCUGGUCCUGCCAUAAUGAAUAUAAUUAGGCCAAUUCAGACAACUGCAGUUAUGCCUAAUGGAACCCCUCAUCCGACUGCCUUAGUACCAUCUUCGCCAGAAGCUGGUAUAAUCUAUACAACACCCUACGAGUACCCAUAUGCUCUGGCACCUGCUGCAUCUCUACUGGAAUACCCAAUGGAGCCAAGUGGGGUUCUAGGUAUGACUUUUCCAACAAAAGGCUAAGAAUGCAUGGGACAUGUGUCUGAAUCCUCAGGAAAAAUAACUUCCUCAGAAGAAGUGAAGAGCCUGACCAAGCACAUUGAAACACGAGCAGUAUAGCCAUGCUUAUUUUGGGUACAGGGUGUUCAGUAUUUGGCAGGCUUUACCACAUCAUACAAUAUAUCCUAAGACUUAAGGACACGGUCAGUGGUUUAAAGUACCUAAAGCACUUUUUUUUUGAGACAAGUGUUCCCUUGUAGCGAUGUUGAAAAGUGGAUACACUGAAGACCUGAUUGGAAGAAUGCCAUAUCACAUACCCUAUCAGACUACUUGGAGCAGCAAGGAGAUGAUAUGUACGGUGAUAAAUCAAAAAGUACCAGAAUUAAAGGGGUUUGUUAUCAGCUUUCCCACAAAGAAUAUUAGAUUUCAAGAGUGAUAAAUAAUUUAGAUUUUUUUUUAAUCUACAUCAGAAUGGAAAAUUGCAAGAAAUAUAUCAGGAACUGGGUGAUGCAAUGGAUUAGAACACUGUUUGUUCUUGUCUGUUGUCUGGGUUUAAAUCCAACCCAAUUUGAAAUAGCAAAAGUCUCUAUUUUAUAUCUCAAUGCCUUUAAGUGUGCACAAUUUCUGUCUAAUUUUCCAGUGGAUCGUGAUCCACCAUGUAAAAGUGCUGAUAAUUCGGGAAUAAAUGGGCAAAGACGAGGAUUUUAUGUUUGGUUUAAGAUAUAAUGAGUCAGUUUAGAAGGAAUUCUGAACUGCAUCUAGAUUGUUCUUUGUUUGACCCAUCAUGUGAAUAAGGCAUUACCUAUUUUAAAAAGAUGCAGCUUCUGUGAUUUGAAGGUCAGGUGAAAAUGAAUAUUGGAAUCCUAGAUGGUCCCAAGAUUUUUUGAUCUAGCAAAACCUUUUUUCUCUGAAGUAGUGGAUUGGUGCUUUGAUCUCAGUAAGAGCAUUAAUCUGUAAGCAUUGAUAAAUUAACCCAUAACCUGCUAACUGAAGAGAAAUUAUCAUUUGUAAACAAAUGCUGUGGCUAGGGCUUUAAGGGUUAAUCAUUACAAUGGAACCUCUUGUCUUUGUGCCUGUGAAUUGGAUCCAGAUUGGGUGAAGCUUUAAAAAACUGCUUUAAUUAAUGUCUUGAAGAAAAUUCCGCUGCAAAAUCUGGAAAUCCUGAUCCUGACCUACUUUCCUGUUGGUACCAUAAAACAGCAAGUGUUGUUUAAGUUAGUCAAGUAUGUUUCUUUCAUUAUCUGUGAUGGAGCAAGAGGUAUUGAAAUCUGAUCUUUGUAGCACACAUGCACACUAACCACUGAUCAACCCUUGUAACACACUGACACUUGCCAAACUGGCACUCAUGAUCCAAAUCUGCAGUGUUUCAAUCUCUGCUUGGUGCAAGGCUCAUUUAUUUUUGUACUCUUUAUUUUUACUAACUGCUUAUCAAUGAAUGCUGAUGGGUUUUUACUGUGGUUCCAGAUCUCUCUUCUGCACUAAGUUAUAUGUGUAAACUGAUGCCCAUAGUUUUUCUUGAACAUUUACUGGUGCUAACUUAAUUAACAACAUAGCACAAGAAUAUAAUUAAGUAGAUAACUUAUUUGUGUGGUGCUGUUUACCUAACAUCACAAAACUUGUAACAAGGCCCACCUUAAUCUAUAGGUUUCCCAAAGGAUAGAGAGUUCAUUCUACAUUGUUGAAAUUGGUAAAGACCUAUGUUUAGAAGGAUUACCCUUUCAAGUCAUGCAGAAUCUUUCCUAAUUAAAUACUGGCUAUAUUUAUCUGUUAUAUGUGGAUCAUUCAUACCAGAAUAACAGGCAUUUUAGUGAGCUUACAUAUUACAAUGCUAUAAAGGAGCAAAGCUAUUGUCUGAAUAUAAAUUUUUUUUCUUCCUUUGUCCUCUGGGGUUUGGUAAGGACUUUCCUUGAUGCUAUUGAAACAAAUUCUUUAAUUAUUUCAUUUGACUACAGGGUGCAUUUUUAAUCACAGUUUAUAAUAGCCCAAUCAACUUGUCCAGUUUUAGGAUUUUGAAUUUUAGAAAAAAUUGAAUUGAAGGAAAAGUUCAGCGCUCAAGUGUGGAUAGUUAGGAAAUUAUUGAUUCUAGAGUAGGUGACAUUAUAAAACUGUCCAUAAACAAUUGCAACUAAAAGUGGAUAAAAUGCACUCUUGCAGAUUUUUCAGUCAGCUUUUACAUGCUGGAAUAGUCCAAAUGGCUAACAAUGAAAAUGAGGCUGCAUUUGAGUAAUUUAUUUGGAUAAAAAGAUGAUGCAACAAAUAAUGCAGACCAUCUUUGGGGUGUUUGCAUUUUGACAGCAAGCAACUUCUAUCCCUAAAUGCUUAAUGAGUUGUACUGCUUUUGGCCAGAUUGAUCAGAUGUACAUGAGACUGUAAACACUUGCCUGAUAUGUAGCUCCUAUUUGCAAUAUCCAUUGAAAUGAGACCCUUUUACAGCCCCAGCGCACAGUACUAAGAGAUAAGCAGUUAGUAAAGCAUUGUUGUCUGGCAAGACUACCUAAAUUUUCUUUUGCAUAACUUUUCAAGUCAUUGUGCUGUUAUUAUUGAAAUGUGUACUACUUCACCAAUUUUUGAGUUCCUUUUUUUUAAGAAAAAUAUUCUAACUCUUUUUUGGACUUGUUGCAAUUUAACUAGGUGCGAUGGCAACUAAAGUUCGGAGGCAUGAUUCGCGUGUCCAUCCUUACCAAAGGGUUGUGACCGCAGACAGAGGUUAGUUUAGUUUUGUAGCCAAAAUGGCAUUUACUUUGAUCAGUAUUAAAACCGUGACUUUCGAGAGCAGGAAGUACUUGAUUAAAUGGAUCGGGAGCAUGAAAUGACCAACUGUAACACCAAAACUGUUUUAUUCCAGUUAGCAAUAAAGAACACUACAAAUUUAAAAACAAAAUUCUUUACAUUCCUGAAUGAUACAAUGCAAGCAGUAAAUAAUGAGAAGUCAGGAAAAUGAAAAUCUGUUUUGCUUGCACUGAAUAUAGUACACAAUUUUAUAUAAAUCCAUCCUCCAUCUGUGACUUCGCAAAAAAAGUUAAUCAUAUUAAAAGUAUAUAUAUUUGUGUAAGGUAGGAUUAGUUGCUGAGAUUUUGGGGUUUUUUUUAAUAAGGGGAGCUCAAAAUUAUGAAGCUACUAAAAUGUCCACAUUUCCUUAUUAAUCAUUUAUCUAAUAAAUGCUUCAAACAACCUAGAUCAAUUUUUUUCUUAACAAUAUAAAUCAAAUAACUAGGAGCAUUUUAUAAUGGCUGGUUCCAAAUUGGUUAGUUGCAUUUAAGUUUAGGACAGUAGUGAGGGCUUGUAAACAAUAAUUUAUAUUUGAAAUAUUUUAUUGAAGUAAGUUUUUUAACUAGCAAGAAAGCCUUUUAUUGACUAAUUGCUCCUUCAGUGUUUGUAGUUUAAGGUUCGUGGUUAGGGUAGUAGUAGUUCUUGCAGCUGGAAUCAUUCUUUAGAAAUAACUGCCUAUAUGGAAGAAAUUCAACCCUCUUAUAUGAAUUGGAAAUGUGUUUACAGUUAACCUUGGUACCUGAGUAUUUACUGUAGGUGUGCUGCAUAUAUUCAAGGGUUAUGCCUACUCUGGUAAAACUGUUCAAAUUUGCACUGAGUUUGUAUUUCUUUUUUUUUGUUAUCUGCAAAAAAUGUUUUCUCCUGAUUUAGUCUUAAUAAAAUAUUGGUUGUCUA